AUUUGACACAUCGAAGAAGCAACGGAUGAUUGCAUGCGUGGCAAUCGUAGGAGCGAAUAACAACCCUUUGUUUGUACGCGCGUAUGCCGAAGACGACGACCUGUCCUUUCAUUACGUCGCUCACAUCGCGUUGGACAUUGUCGAGGAACGAGUCAAGCAGUCCAAAGACGACAUGUACUUGGGUUUCUUGGGACCUGUCGAAGAUUUCCGAGUGUACGGCUACGUGACAAACACGUUGGUGAAGCUGCUAGCGAUUGUACAAGACACCCCCAUGAAGGAGUCCGACAUGCGAGCGUUUUUCUCCGUCAUGCACAACUUGUACGUGAACGCCAUGUCGAAUCCAUUUGCCGUCCUCGGCGAGCGCAUCGCGUCUGCAAAGUUCGACAGGCAGGUCACCAGUCUGGUCUUGCAGCACAAUCAGACCCAGGAAGCGCGUUAACGAUUCAAUCAAUCAUUCGAUUUCUAGUCAACGUAAAUAGACGUGGACAGCAACUUCUUGGCUUUUCGGGGCUGGGGCAUGCCGCACCCUUCGCACGAGUCGGCCUCCAGUGGAUUGUGCAUGGUGCAACGGUUGCACGCCCAGAUCACUUCUUCCUUGGUCUCUUCUUCAUCGUCGUCAGCGUAACAUUCUUGUCCAAGCAUGGACUGCAACUCCAAAAUGCUCGCCGCCGCCGCUUCCAUGCUUGGCUCUUCUUGAUGGGCGUCAUCGUCGUCAGUGCCAGACAACACAUCCAUGUGGGUAGAUGGUUGCUGAUGCUGGCGGCGCGGGGCCGCUUGGAACUCGACGUCGCUCAAGUCGGACACUUUUGGUCGCUUCAGAGUCGGCUUUUCAUACAAGUACGCGUCGUGGUCACUCUCAGACUCUUCAACUUCGUCGUCUGAGCUGUCCAACGCCUUGUGGGGCGAUCGUUUGAUUCGUCCGCUUGGGGCUGGGGGCGUUGGACGGCGCUUGGACGGACGAACACGCGGCAGUUCAACCUCCUCUUCCUCGUCAGACACACCACUCUCGUCCUCCUCCUCUUCGUCGUUGUCGGCAUUGCGACGUGUGGCGGCUUUUAGCAAAUUCUCUUGGUCGACGGCAAGUUGGUCCUGGCGCUCCUUUUCCGCUCGGACUUGGAACAGCUCCCAAUCCACACGGCAGCUAAACACAAAACUGACCUACGCAUGUCAUGUUUCGGCAUGUGGUGACCAGAUACUGAGUACCAACGACUGGUUGGCUUGUGCUUCUUGCAUGAUUUCAUCGUCCACUGUAGCGUACGAGUAAUGAUGGCUCCAGUUGUUCAAGUCUUCUUCCGCAGGCAUGCUACAGAAUCACCUUAGACAACGCAAUAAAUAAAUAAAUAUAUAUAU